CAUCAUUAAAAAAACAAAAAUCGACCCAGCCAGCUCCUGAAAUACCAUAUAGCAUUUUCCUGUACAAGUACUAUACGGCAUGUUCCAAAAUAGUGUCUAAACUGCUCAUUUAUAUCCAAAGGAGGGAUGAUAAACUGCAUUAAUUGAGAAGCAGCCCUUGCCUGCCAGAACAGCUGUGGUUAAGUGUAAUAAAGACCAAGAACAACUUUGAGCUCAAUUCAGGAAAACCACAUACAUUUUUAUUUUUCCUCAUACACCAACAGACUGAUUUUAAGUGAUAGGUAGCAGGAAUCAAACCCCUGGGAACCCCUUAUGCUCCCUGUUAAGUCACAGUCCCAAACUUGAAGUCAGUGCACAAAAUGAGUUUAUUUUUUGCUUCCAGAGGAUGGUUUGACUAGCUGCUGCUUUUCAUGUGUCAAAGCUAAACAAUAUAUUAAUAUUUAAUGUGGUACUGCCAUACUGUCAGAAGAUCAAUUUGGUAAUGGAGUUUAGGCCCCUCCUGUCACAGGCAAUCCUUUUUGAACUCCUGUCUUAAGAUUAUAUUUCAUCCUCUAUUUUUUCAAAAACCUCUUUUUUUUUUUUAGCAUCCUCUGGUGGUUUAAAAAUAGCUUUUAACAUUAUGACUUGGAAACUUCAGUUCUAUUUUUUUAUAGUUAUUUCAAUUUGAUACUACCACAGAUACUUAAAAGGACCAGCUAUGUUUCUUCUUGACCUUAUUUUCAUUAGAGUAAGCAUGAUGAGGUCCUGCAAUAUCUUAUAAAACAGAUUCUUCAUUCUCUCGUCAGAGUUCUUUUGAGCAGCUGCUUCAUUUGGAGUGUGGGUAACCAGAAAGAUACGAAGUGUUUCAGAAGAUAAAUGAGUUGGUAGGCAUCAAGAUUGGUGGAGAUAAGACUUAUAAUACAAAAGAAUUGGUGACAUUGACCUUUUGAUCAUGUUUUGCACUUUGAACACUCAUAAAGUUGAUAUGGACAAGCUGUUAGGUGCUCAGAUUGGCCUUGAAGAUUUCAUAUUUGCCCACAUAAAAGGAAAACGAAAAGAAGUCGAAGUUCUUAAAUCUGAUGAUAUGCUUGGACUUACCGUUACAGACAAUGGAGCUGGCUGUGCAUUUAUAAAGCGAAUCAAAGAAGGUAGCCUUAUGGACCAAAUCAAAAUGAUCUGCGUGGGUGAUCACAUAGAGUCUAUAAAUGGAAAAGAUGUGUCAGAUUGUCGGCAUUAUGAAGUUGCCAAAAUGCUAAAAGAUCUGGAGAAAGGUCAGGUGUUUAAGCUGCAGUUGAUAGAGCCCAGGAAAGCAUUUGAGAUAGAACCGAGGUCCACAGGUAGAGCUUCGACAGAGGCUAAAAUCUCCAGAGGGAGAGAAACACUUCGGCUGAGAACUAAAGGCCCUGCCACUGUGGAGGAAAUGCCAUCUGAAGUUGAAGAAAAAGCAAUAAAAAAAGUGGAUGAGCUUCUUGAAACAUACAUGGGGAUAAGAGAUAUUGAAUUAGCUGCAACAAUGGUGGAAGCUGGAAGAGACAAGAAAAACCCAGAUGAAUUUGCAGUGGCAUUGGAUGAAACUCUCGGAGACUUUGCAUUUCCAGAUGAGUUUGUCUUUGAUGUAUGGGGAGCAAUAGGAGAUGCUAAGCAAGGACGACUGGAAUGAGAAUUGUGUGUCAAUCCCUAUUCAAAAGUACAAAAUGACUUUCAAAUACAUCAGAAUACUAAUACUUCUAUUGUUAUAAAUCUAGGGUGCUCUGUAUAAGUAUUCUUAUCAGAAAAUUUCUAUUGCAAAGGAAAGUUUUUAACAAAAAUGAAGAUAAAACCAAAGAUUUGACAACUGCACACUUAAAACAAACAAUUUACAUGUAGAAAUCAAUCAGAGGAUUGCGUCAAGGAGAUGUAUAUAUACACGCAUUUUAUGAAAAUUCAUGUGCUUAGAUAUCAAUAUUCUGAAGUGUUUGACAUGCAACAAAAAAUUAGGACUAUUUUAUCUCAUUUUUUAGAAAGGUUUAUAUACUUGAUGGAAAACUACUCAGCAAGACACUGUAGUUCCCUGGUCUUUUCGUGUUCUUAUGUGCUUAACCACACUGAGAGCUGUGGAAAACUUAAAGCUUUAGGCUUUUAUACUGUUUGGCCUGGAUUUAUUUUUUUUCUGUAGACAAAGCUGGGAAGAAGCCACCCUGCUUCCAGAAAAUCUGCAUUCAAGAAAAAAUAUUCCUCUGGGACAUGAGAACUAUGACCUUAAAAUGAAAAAGACUUUAAUUUUUAGUCACAAUACACACUGCCUAGGUAUUUCUCAAAUGAUUAAUUAUAGUAGAAAUGCCUAAAACAGGAAUCUGCUGCUUUAUUCUGAUGCCAUAUUAUCACAAUAGCAGCUGCAUAAGAAGAAACAAAUGUUAAUUUUGGUUA